AGAUACAAAAGCAAGUUGCCUCCUGGACCCCUUCCUUUGCCCUUUAUAGGCAACCUGAAUUUGGUGGAUCUGAGCAAGCAGUAUAUAUCCCUGAUGGAGCUGUCCAAGACUUACGGGAAGGUGUUUACAAUGUACCUGGGUCCCAAGAGAAAAGUGAUACUCGCGGAUUAUGAUGCCAUAAGGGAAGCCUUUUUAAACUGCAGUGAAGAGUUUGGAAACAGGCCAGAAAUCCCAUUAUUUAAAAAGAUAGCGGAAGGACAUGGUAUUGUUUUUAGUAAUGGAGAAACAUGGAAAGUGAUGAGAAGAUUUGCUUUACAUAAUCUCCGUGAUUUUGGAAUGGGAAAAAAACUCAUAGAACACAAGAUUCAAGAUGAACUACAUUUUCUUAUUAUGUAUUUUGGAUCUCACAAAGGUAAACCUGUUGACACAUCAAUCAUCUUAAAACAUGUUAGUUCAAAUAUCAUCUGCUCCAUCCUUUUUGGCAACAGAUAUGAAUAUGAUGAUUCUGAAUUUCAGUAUUUGUUGAAGCUCUUGGAUGAAAAUGUCAAACUAGUUGGCUCUUCCAUGAUUGAGCUAUAUAAUUGCUUUCCUUUUCUGGGAUUCCUGAUUGGAGCCCACAGGAGGGUCCUACAGAAUAUUCAGGAGAUCACCAAUUUCUUUCACAAGCUAUUUGAGAAACAUGCCCUCCAUCUUAAUGUCAGUCAUUUAACUGGUUUUGUGGACUCCUUUUUGUUAAAACAGCAGCAGGAAAGUCAAAAUCCAAAGCCUGAAUUCCACAAGAAAAACCUACUCUUUAGCACACUGGAUAUUUUUAGUGCUGGGACAGAGACAACAUCGACAACACUUUGCUGGGGCCUUCUUCUGAUGAUGAAAUAUCCUGAGGUUCAAAGAAGGGUCCAAGCUGAAAUCAAUAAAGUCAUUAGUCUCAGACGAGACCCUCAGGCACAAGAUCGAAAAAAUAUGCCAUACACGGAGGCAGUGAUCCAUGAAAUACAGAGAUUUGCCAACAUUGUGCCAAUGGGUGUGUCCCGCAGCGUUCUUGCUGACACAAAAUUUCGGGGAUAUGUAAUUCCUGAGGGAACAGAGGUGAUUCCCUUGUUCUCCUCUGUUUUCAAGGACGAAACACAGUGGGAGACACCUCACCAGUUCAACCCUGCUCACUUUCUUGAUGCCACUGGAAACUUUGUCAAGAGAGACUGCUUCAUUCCUUUUGGCCUAGGACGUCGGGUUUGUAUUGGAGAAUCUCUAGCCAAGAUGGAACUCUUCCUGAUUUUUGUAGGCUUACUCCAGAAGUUUACAUUUAAGCCUGCCCCAGGGAUAGAGCCAGCAGACCUUGACCUCACUGCUAAAGUUGGCUUCACCUUGACCCCAGUGCCUCACCUGGUAUGUGCUGUCCCCCAGGAGGAAGUGCAUGGCUCUUAAUGUGGGAGAGCAGCUGUUUGGCUCCACUCAGACCACCGCAUCCAAGAUGGUGGCAAAAGAAACCAGGAUGGCUUUUGACCCUACGUACACAUUUCCUGCCUGGUUAAAGAUCCAGCUGGUCUGCAAGAGCACAAUUAUCACAUUACAUUUAUUAAGCAUUAAUAUCUUGUUACAUGCUUGACCAAAUAGAUAAUCCACCCAUUUUCUGACCUUGAAGAUCGAUAUUAUUGUACAAAUAUAAUAUUUAGCUUGUACAGUAAAUAGUUGUCUUAGCUCAAUGUUCUGCAGAAAAGUUGCUGUUGUUCAGUUAUUUCAGUCGUGUCUGACUCUUUGUGACCCCAUUUGGGGUUUUCUUGGCAAAGGUACUA